AGAAGUGUGGGAAAGCUAUAAGAUAAAAUGAAACCUGAAAUGAUAUAUAAAUGGAAUUAAAAAAAAAAGUAAAGAUGUAAUAAAAAGAUAAAUAAAAUGAUCAUGUAAGAGAACAAGAUUGUUGGAAUAAAAACAAGUGAAGGAAGAUGAGUAUAAGAGGAAAGAUAGAAAAAAUGAAUUUAAAAAAAAAAAGUAAAUAAAAAUCAAUGGGUAUCAUUGGUGAGGAGAAAUGAUGAGGAUUAUGUUUAUAUCUACUGUCUAUCUAUAUGAUAUACCAACCAAAAGAAGGGAAAAAGAGUUGACUUUGAAGCGGGAUCGUCACUGGCCCCUGGUUUGUGAACGGUAAGUUUGAAUCGUACUGCGAGCAAAGGUGAAAAGAUAUAUAUUUCGUUUUCAUUUAGUCAUAGUUAUUCAUUAACAUAAUGUCACGUAUAAAAUUAUUAUUAUUUGUAAUUAUAAUUAUAAAUAUAUUAAAUAUUAUAAUAUGUGAUAAAAUUAAAUCAUUGGAUACAUUAAAGGAUAAUAUAGAAAAUGAUUGGAAAGAAUUUAAAGAAUUUAGAGAAUGGAAAAAGUGGAAGGACAACACUAGAAAUGAUAAAAUAAUUCAUAAAAAUUUUGAUAAUUCAUUUAAACAUUAUAAAAAACAUUGGAAUCAUAAAAAAUUAUUAACAAGUGAUAAUGAUACAAUUUUAAUGGCAAGAUAUGUCGUUAAUCAAGCAAACUGGAGUUCAAUUGCAACAAUUAGUACAAGAAAUGAUAUUAAAUCGUAUCCUUUUGCUAAUGUGAUAUCUAUCAGUGAUGGACCACUUGGUGAUGGAUCUGGAAUUCCUUAUACUUAUUUAACACCACUUGAUUUUACAUCACAAGAUAUAUCAAAAGACUAUAGAGCAACGAUGAUGAUGACUCUAGCUCAAGGACAAUGGUGUAAAGAUAAAUCAAUGGAUCCAAUGGAUCCUCGUUGUGCAAGAAUAACAUUAUCUGGAAAAGUAAAAAAGGUAUUACCAGGUGAUGGAGAUUAUGAUGUUGCUAAAAAUGCUGUUUUUGGAAGACAUCCUUGGCUAGCAAAAAUGCCAGCAGAUCAUCAUUUUUAUUUUGCUAAAUUAAAAAUUGGAUCAAUUGCAUUGUUGGAUGCAUUUGGAGGACCAAAAUACAUUGAUGUUAAACAGUAUCUUGCUGCAUCAAAUAAAAUUGUUUCUAUUGAUGAAAUUAAUCAAGUAUCACGACAUGCAUAUCAAAUUUAAUGAUUGUUAAAUAAAAUCGAAAAUUUCUUAAUCAUUUAUUUCGAAAUGAAAGUUUUAUUUUUUUAAAAGAAAAUAUAAAUUAAUAUGACAAAUUUUUAAAGUUUAAUUUAUUAUUU